CCGCCGCUUGACGAUCUCCAGAUGCCAUCGCCGGCCCGCAGCGAGUCACCCAUGUCACCGAGCCCUGCCCAACCGACCGCUGGUGGCAUUCCUGCGCUGGCCAACUUCUCCGUGAUAAACUACGUUGGUAAAAUUCAGAAGCAAUCAUCCUACAAAACAUCCGUCCGUAGUCGGACGCCGUACGAGAGGUAUACGAGCUUACGUUCCGCUGCUGUCGGUCUCGAGCCGCUGGUGGACGACACGACGAGCUCGUCGUCGGAAUUCGGGUGCGGAAGCACCGUAAGUAGCGGCAGCGGUGGCAUCCCCUGCGGAAUCACCAGCCCCGAGCCGAGCGAUCCGAUGGACAGCAUCGAUACGACCGAGGAUGGCAGUAGUUGCACCACCGCCACCGCCGCCGGGCAGAACCGAGUUCGGAGUCGCCGGUCGAUGAGCGUCUCGUCGAGCGGGUGCUCAAGCUCGAUGGACGAUCGGAACAGUGAUUUUUCGCCCCUGGGAAGCAUCGUUAGCUGCCGAUGCAACUCGUACAGCAUGUCUGAUUUCGAUGACGAUGGUUUUCGCGAGGAUAGCAGCGUCUCGACGUACGCAGUAUUUUCCGCCUCCCGCUCCUACCACCAUCCGCUGCACCAUCACCAUCAGAACGUACCACACCAUCCGAACAACCACAAGGGCCUGUUCGACAUAGCGCUGAAGACGGUCCGGCUGAUCCGGCGCAAUCAGGAGCUGCAGCUACGGCUCUCGGAGCUACAGGAAGAAACAAACGCGUUCAUCGAGUCGGUGAUGGCCAACCCGGAGAACGAGCCGCUGCGUAAUCACUUCUACGGGGCGCAAAACAAGCGAAUACCCGUGGCGCCCCCGGUGGCGGUACAAAAAUAGGCUGCUGCUCUUCGAGUGCGGAAAAAACCACCCCCAAAAGUCUGCAGAAAUUAAACAGGACGGAAGAAACUUGUGAACAAACGCAUCAAUCGUUGGCCAGCAGCAUGUGUUGAGCAGAGAGGACGCAUCGUCAAAAUGAAGCGCCACAACGACUCUCUUCGGGCCACCGAUGAUGAUGGCCAUUUAGUUUUUCUCAGAACCAACCCCUUCAACCGUUCAUUAUCGCGCGCUAAGUGGAGAUUAUUUAGUCCGAUCGUGUUGCGAUCGUUGGGUGGCUGAUGAUUGUUUUCGAUCCGGCGACUAAUUGUUUAAAUUAAAUUCGACGAGGAUUGCGCACCUUCAGUCGUUU